AUGGAGGAGAGCUCUGUGUGGUGCGAAGGCCGGGGAUAUGUGGGGAUCAUAUGGGGCAUCUUUUUCAGUGGAGCGAAUCUCGCUCGCCUCUUCGCAAGAGCACCAGUUCACAAGAGGCUUUUCCUUGCCCUUCCCACCAACGGUUCCACCGAGGGGAGCAUCGAUGGUGGCACCGGCCGAUUGAUGGCCCCAACGGGCUCAAUGCGGUGCCCACGGCCCACGGGGUUUGACAUGGUUGUGCUUGAGCUUGAGCUGGAGCUUGCAAGAGCUUGGAUGGGAAUGACAGGUUUGGUCCAGGGAGACGACUGGAGGCGAGAAAGGCUGAAGUGCGGAGCGAAUGAUACGUUGCGUGUAUUGAAGUUUGUGGUGAUGAUAGACGAGGGGCUGGUAGAGUUACCGUUUUGGUACCAAGACUCCAAUGUUUCUGGUGGUUGUGGUGGAGCGGCGUUGGCGUUGGCGUUGGCGUGGACGACGGUGAUGUGCAGCCGUAAUGCGCACUGCAGCUGUCAAAGGCGGUUGGAGUGGCCGAGUCGAGUAACGAGUCGGAACGGAUCACGGCAAGUGAGUUUCCAGUUCAACGAUUACUCGUACAUGGGAUUCUAUGGAUUUGGAAGUUGCAGACGCUGCCGACGGUACUGUGGUGGUUGCAGCAUGCAGUGCAGUGCAUGGAAUUGUAACGGUUCGAGAGGCGACGAUGGACCAGAUUGACAGAGCGUGGGAUGUCUGUCUAGGGUUCACGAGUACACAUCAUCAGACUGCCAAAAUGAAGGCGUCCGCAAUGUUGAGCAAUGAGCAAUGA